AUGUACAAUGAUCUCUGCCAUCACAAUGUAGGCCCAGACACAGAUAUUGAGACAGUUCUUCUAAGGGCAGAUGUGUGGCUGGUGAGAGUAGAUUUUAUAUUUGAAUUCCCGAGACCCACCAUGCCUAAUAUUGUUUAUAUUGGAGGAUUUCAGUGCAAUCCAUCCAAACCUCUGAAGAAAGUUAUCUGGAGACAUGAUGUAAAUAUCCCUCCCAACAUUGGAAAUAAUACACUGCUGCCAAAAUGGAUUCCUCAGAAUGACCUGCUAAGGCACCCAAAGACACGAGUCUUUGUUGCUCACAGUGGCACCAAUGGAGUUUAUGAAGCCAUCUAUCAUGGGGUGCCAGUAGUUGGCAUACCUUUGAUUUUUGAUCAGUUUGAUAAUUUACUCAGACUUGAAAUCCGAGGUGCAGCAAAAGUGAUUAACGCAACCAUGCAGUCAACGGAUCUAUUGCAGGCACUGAAUGAGGUUAUACAUAACACCUCUUAUCGGGAGAAUAUGCAGAAACUCUCUGCUCUCCACAGAGGCCAACCUGAGACUCCGAUGGAGAAAGCUAUUUUCUGAAUUGAGUAUGUUGCUCGACACAAAGGGGCAGCACAUUUGCGGUCAGAGUCUUACCGACUCCCCUGGUACGUUUACUAUUGUGUAGAUGUGAUGACCUUCCUGUUGGUUGUGCUACUAACAUUUACAAUCCUGACAGUUGUAUCGAUGAAGAAAUUUUGGAACAUUGUCUCGAAAAGAAAACUAAAAUCUCAGUAA